CUGCAGAAAGAAUCCGACAAAAUAAAUAAGAAAUGGAAAAUCUAUGGUUGGUUUCUUCCCGUUGAAGUUAUCGUUCUUCCUUUCCUAAGUUUUCCUCUCGAGAAAAAAAAAAAACUCAGAAUUUUCCAACUUCAUCCAACAGAAACUUAAUGGAGAGGAAAUAUCUUCAGUCUUCUUUGAUUACAGAAUUACUUAGCCAGUGAGUUUGAAUUCGGUUGCUGUACGGUGCUUGAUUGUUUUUUGGGAGAGGACUCGAAUAUUAUACUAUAUAUGGCCAUGGCUGUGGUGCGUCGUCAUUCGCCGGCAAUUACACAACAUGUGAAUCCGAUUAGGUUUCGUGAAGUUGGGGUUCCAGGAAUCAUGGCGACGAGGGGAGAUAUUGUGGAGGAACCGGUGGCGAGGAUCAUUGAAGAUAAGAUAUAUGUUGCUGUGGGCAAAAUUGUGAGGGAGUGUAAGUCGAUUCUUUUAUGGGCACUGCAGAAUUCUGGAGGCAAGAGGAUUUGCAUCCUUCAUGUCCACCAGCCUGCACAGAUGAUUCCAUUGAUGGGUACGAAAUUGCCAGUGAGCUCUCUCGAAGAAGAAAAGGUCAAGCAAUGGCGGCAAAUCGAAAGGCAAGAGAUGCAUGAAGUUCUAGAUGAAUAUCUUCUCAUUUGUCGACGAAUGGGGAUUCGAGCUGAGAAAGUAUACAUUGAAAGGGACUGUAUCGAGGAAGGAAUAUUACAACUCAUCUCUCAGCAUGGAAUCAGGAAUCUUGUUAUGGGAGCAGCAGCAGACAAGCAAUACUCAAGGAGAAUGAUGGAUAUCAAGUCCAAGAAAGCCAUCUCUGUGCGACUAGAAGCGCCUACUGCUUGUCACAUAAGGUUUAUUUGCAAGGGUCGUCUUAUAUACAUAAGGGAAGGUAUUUCCAAUGGAACCACCAUUGCAGAAGUUGCAUCUUCGUCACUGCAAGCAAGUGCAAACCCAGUAACUGGACAGUCAGAUUACUUGACAUCACGAUCUACAGUCCUAGAACGGAAUGAUCAUCAUGUUCAUCUUGCCAAUCUAUCUCAGGAUUUAUUCCGCAGAAUUAGAUCUUUGAAUUUUGCUCGACAGACAGAGAGAGCAGAUGAUGAUAUUGCACAGUCUUUAACUCCACAUAACAGUCUGAAAACAGAAUUGAGUUCUGAUGAAUCAGAUGUCGCAUUUAGGAGCGCUUCUGAAGCUUCUCUUGUCUCGUCAUAUUCUUCAAGUGGACUGGUUAAUACGGAUAUGUUUCCACUUGUGACAACUGAGGAGAGUGAGGAUGGGAGCAUGGAUGACAUUCUGUAUUAUCAACUAGAACAAGCAAGGAUAGAGGCUCAUAAGUCAAGGAUGGAAGCAUUAGGAGAAGCAACGAGGCGAGCAAAAGCUGAAAAGGUGGUCAUUGAUGCCAUACGCAGGGCUAAAGCAUCGGAAAGCUUGUAUGCUGAGGAGGCGAAACAAAAGAAAGAAAUUGAGGAAAUGCUGGCAAAAGAAAAGGAGAAACUUGAAAGAAUGAAGGGUGAACGGGACAAAGUUAUGGAAGAACUUGAGCUUUCCCUCAAUCAGAAGUCAUUGUUGGAGAACCAAAUUUCAGAGUCCGAUCAUAUUACGAAGGAAUUGGAGCGGGAAAUUUUCUCUGCUGUGGAACUCUUGCAAAACUUCGAGAAGGAACGAGAGGAGUUGCAGAAAGAGCGGGACACUGCACUUAAAGAGGUUGAGGAGCUACGGAAAAUGCCUCGGUUCUUCUCCGAGUUCUCUGUCUUGGAGAUUAAGGAAGCAACUCAAAACUUCGAUCCAUCCCUUAAGAUUGGUGAAGGUGGGUAUGGAAGCAUUUAUAAAGGUCUCCUUCGUCACACCCAGGUUGCCAUAAAGAUCCUUGGCUCUCAUAGCAAGCAAGGCCCAUCAGAGUUUCAGCAGGAGGUUGAUGUUCUGAGUAAGAUAAGGCAUCCAAACCUUGUCACUCUCAUUGGAACAUGUCCUGAAACUUGGACUCUUAUCUAUGAGUAUCUUCCUAAUGGGAGCCUUGAAGAUCGACUGAGUUGCAGCAACAAUUCUCCUCCAUUGUCAUGGCAAACUCGAAUACGCAUAGCUGCUGAGCUUUGCAGUGUCCUUAUUUUUCUUCACUCUAGUAAACCUCAUAGCAUAAUCCAUGGGGAUCUAAAGCCUGCCAACAUUCUGCUUGAUGCAAACUUUAUGAGCAAACUCAGUGAUUUUGGUAUUUGUCGUUCACUUUCUCAUGAUCCAAGUUCGAGCAAUGAGACAACACAGUUUUGCAGAACGAACGUCCCGAAGGGCACUGCUGGAUACAUCGAUCCUGAGUUUCUUACCUUAGGAGAGCUUACAACAAAAUCGGAUGUCUACGCAUUUGGAAUUAUCUUGUUGCAAUUGCUGACUGGAAGACCUGCUCUGGGGAUAACAAAAGAAGUGCAAUAUGCAUUAGACGCAGGAAAUUUGAAAAGGAUUUUGGAUCCUUUAGCGGUAGACUGGCCAUUUGUGAAAGCUGAGCAGUUAGCUCGCUUGGCAAUGAGGUGUUGUGAGAUGAAUCGAAGGAGCCGGCCAGACCUUGCUUCAGAUGUUUGGAGAGUACUUGAGCCAAUGAGGGCUUCAAGUGGGGGAACAUCUUUGUUACAACUGGGUACUUGAGAGCAUUGCUAGCUAGCCUCCAUCUUUAUUUGCCCCAUUUUCCAAGUAAAGUUCUUCCCUUGCUAUCUAUAUCUCAUUGUAUGUCGCCUACGACAAUCCUUAUGCUUGCACACCAAACCGCGCCGGCCCUUCGUUCUGCCAUUCAGAAGUGGUUGCAACAGCAAUGAAAUCCUGCAUCACUCUUCUUUUAAUUAGUUUCUGGUUGUAUAUAUGGAAGGAUAUUCUAUAUUACGUGUGUAG